AUUUUAAAACGACAAAUUGAUUACAAUGAUAUAGCUAGCAUUGGCUUAAGUCCGUAUCAGGAUAAUUUUAUCAUUCUAAAUGUCCGUGAUUCGUAUACAUCACUUCUGGAGACACCGUUGAAAACAGAACUCAUAAAUGCUAUCAACAAAUGGUAUCAUAAAAUGGCAGGUGGACGAAUUUUAUCCUUAGAUUUCAAUAAUUCUCAUCAGAUUAUCCUGAAGAAGACUCGAUUUGGUGGUGGUGGUUCUCGAACUGUUAAAUUUUCAAGAAAUGAUAAUGGAUCAGAUAGUACACAAUUGCUUCCAAAAGGAAAAAUUUUAUUCGUUUCCAUUGGACCUGGAUUAUCAAGCAGUACAAAACUGAAUAAUGAAAGGAUAGCAAUGAAGCAACAUUAUGAAAGACGUAAAAUGCCUCUUAAAGCGUAUCAAACAUUUCCAUCAUCACAACACGUAAAUACGUCAAAUGGUGUUUAUCCAAUAAUAAACAACAAUAAUACGAAUAUUGGUAGAAAUAGCGGAAUUACUCAUGCACGGAAUGCUAUGAAACAUUCCGAAAAACCUAUGCCGCCAUUAAAGCCGAAACCGCUUCCUUUUGUUGAAGCUUUAUAUGCGUAUGAAGCGCAGGAUACCGAUGAAUUGUCAUUUAUUGCUGGUGACAAAUUUGAACUUGUAAAUAAAGAUGCUUCUGGUUGGUGGCAAGGAAGAAUGCAGAAUCGAACGGGUCUCUUUCCAGGCAACUAUGUUAAAGAAUUAUAA